CAAAUUCCAAUAAGACUUCACAGCAGCUUCUGCCCCUGUGUCCGAGGGAGAUCUCUGUUCUUCUCGAGCAUAAUCUGCAGCCAACUUGAAUCCAAAAUGGGAGGCAAGGGAGAAUGUGGAGAUGAUGUUGAUCCUAUGCCUUUCUUGGGUCCGACCGAGAAGGAGAAACUGGACUUCAUGAAGAAGCCCUAUGACAUCAAGAAGUCCUGCUGGAUCAAAGAUGAUAAGUGUGGUUUCGUUGAAGGAGAAAUCCAGUCUGAAAAAGAUGAGCAAGUCACGGUGAAGACAGCCAAGACAACUGUGACUAUGAAGAAGGAUCUUGUUCAACAGAUGAAUCCACCUAAGUUUAUUCAAGCCACAGACAUGGCCAACCUGACCUUUCUGAAUGAGGCCAGCGUCCUCGUGAAUCUCCGGGAUCGCUAUGUCAACAUGCGAAUCUAUACAUAUUCUGGGCUGUUCUGCGUGACUGUGAACCCUUACAAAUGGCUGCCCAUCUACGGCACCAGAGUGGCGAAUAUGUACAAGGGCAGGAAACGCAAUGAGAUGCCUCCUCAUCUUUUCUCAAUCUCUGACAACGCAUAUCAUGACAUGCUCAUGGAGCGUGAAAACCAGUCAAUGUUGAUCACAGGAGAAUCUGGUGCUGGAAAGACUGAGAAUACCAAGAAGGUUAUCCAGUAUUUUGCCAACAUGGGCGGCUGUAAGCCAAUCGGUGGUGAUGAGAAGGGCUCCCUGGAAGAUCAAGUCAUCCAGGCCAACCCUGUGCUGGAAGCCUUUGGCAACGCCAAAACCACCAGGAACAACAACUCCUCGCGCUUUGGAAAAUUCAUCCGCAUUCACUUUGGUCCAUCCGGCAAACUCUCGGGUGCUGAUAUUGAGAGCUAUUUGCUUGAAAAAUCGCGUGUGAUCUCGCAACAGUCAGCUGAGAGAGGCUACCACAUCUUCUAUCAGCUCUUGUCUGGAAAGAUCCCAAGCAUAAUCGAGGCACUGUUGUUGCAGCCUGACCCGAACCAAUACUUCUGGGUCUGUCAGGGUGUCGUUAGUGUGGACAACAUGGACGAUGGAGAGGAGUUGGGUCUCACUGAUGUUGCCUUUGAUGUCCUGGGCUUCACUCCUGACGAGAAACUGGGCAUCUACAAGUUGACUGGGGCAAUUAUGCAUUUCGGUAACAUGAAGUUCAAGCAAAAACCAAGAGAAGAACAAGGAGAAGUUGACACUCCUGAAGUGUCGGACAAAGUCGCCCACUUGUUUUCCAUCAAUUCUGGAGAUUUGCAAAAGGGCAUCACCAGGCCUAGGGUGAAGGUUGGCAACGAGUUUGUGCAGAAGAGCCAGAACGUGGACCAGUGCUACAAUGCGAUUGGCGCGUUGGCGAAGUCUGUUUAUGACAAAAUGUUCAAGUGGAUGGUGGUCAGAAUCAACAAGACCUUGGACACCAAGUUACAGCGCCAGUACUUCAUAGGAGUGCUGGACAUCGCUGGCUUUGAAAUCUUUGAGUUCAACAGCUUUGAGCAACUCUGCAUCAACUUCACCAACGAGAAGCUGCAACAGUUUUUCAAUCACCACAUGUUCGUCCUGGAACAGGAGGAAUAUAAGAAGGAGGGGAUUGUCUGGACGUUCAUUGAUUUCGGCAUGGAUCUCCAAGCUUGCAUCGAGCUGCUGGAGAAGCCCAUGGGAAUCUUCUCCAUCCUGGAAGAACAAUGUGUGUUCCCCAAAGCCACGGAUGCAACAUUCAAGGCCGCCCUGUACGACAAUCAUUUGGGCAAGUCCAACAAUUUCUUGAAACCCAAAGGUGGCAAAGGAAAAGCAGAACCCACCUUUGAGCUGGUCCAUUAUGCUGGCACGGUUGGCUACACCACCCAGGGUUGGCUGGAGAAGAACAAGGAUCCCUUGAAUGAAACGGUGGUGGGCCUUUUCCAAAAGUCAGCCCAAGCUUUGCUACCCAUUCUGUUUAAAGAAGAAGAAACACCAGCUGGUGGAAAGAAACAGAAGAAAGGCUCUUCCUUCCAGACUGUUUCUGCGUUUUACAGGGAACAGCUGAACAAGUUAAUGACCACGCUACGCAGCACCGCUCCCCACUUUGUGCGCUGCAUUGUGCCGAAUGAACACAAGCAGUCAGGUGUGUGUGAUGCUGCCCUAGUUCUUCAUCAACUUGCGUGUAACGGUGUACUGGAGGGCAUCCGUAUCUGCAGGAAAGGAUUCCCCAACAGACUGCAGUAUCCUGAGUUUAAACAGAGAUACCACAUCUUGAACCCCAAUGUCAUCCCUAAGGGAUUUGUUGAUAACAAGAAAGCUUCAGAACUGGUCCUUGCUUCACUUGGUCUGGAGGAAAAUGAGUACAAAAUUGGACACACUAAGGUGUUCUUCCGGGCCGGUGUCCUGGCCAAGCUGGAGGACUUCCGUGAUGACCGACUGGCAAAGAUUCUCACAAUGAUUCAGUCUCGUUGCCGCGGGAUGCUGAUGCGAAUAGAAUUCAAAAAGAUGCUGGAUAGAAGAAUCGGACUGAUAGUUAUUCAACGCAAUGUCCGCCAAUUCCUGCAACUUCGCUUCUGGGGCUGGUGGAAACUGUACACCAAGGUUAAGCCUCUGUUGAACGUGGCCCGCCAGGAGGACGAGAUGAAGCUGAAACAGGAAGAGCUGAGAGCCGCAAUGGAACAGACCGGCGACCUCCUUGGGCGGAUCAAGGAACUCGAGGAGAAGACAGCAACCCUCUCACAGGAAAAGAAUGACCUCUCGUUGCAAGUCCAGGCUGAACAAGACAACAUUUCGGACCUGGAGGAGCGGCUCACUCUACUGAUGAAGACUAAGAUGGAACAUGAAAGCCAGAUCUCAGAUAUGAGGGAGCGGCUGGAAGAAGAGGAAAACUCAAGUUCCAAUCUUUCAUCGCAGAAACGGAAAAUGGAAGCAGAGAUAUCCGAACUGAAACUCGACCUCGAGGGCUUGGAAACAACCCUUGUGAAAACCGAGAAAGAAAAGCAGGCUCUGGAUGGCAAAGUGCGCACUAUGACCAAUGACCUCAAUCAGCGGGACGAAACCAUCGCCAAACUGCAAAAGGAGAAGAGAGCCUUGGAUGAGCUUCAGCAGAAAACACUGGACGAUCUUCAGUCUGAGGAAGAUAAAGUCAACCAUCUGACGAAAACCAACGCGAAACUCAACUCCCAGAUUCAAGAGCUGGAAGAUAACUGGAGCCAGGAGAAGAAGAUCAGGACUGAGGUGGAGAAAGCUCGGCGAAAGGCUGAGGGAGAUCUGAAGAUGACAAUUGAAAACCUGAAUGAGAUGGAAAGAGCAAAGCUGGACCUGGAGGAAAUUCUGAAGAAGAGGGACAUGGAGAUUAAUUUAUUGACAUCCAAGUUGGAAGAUGAACAAUCUCUGAACACCACGUUACAUAGGAAGCUGAAAGAGCAUCAGUCCCGUAUUGAAGAGCUGGAAGAGGAACUUGAGGGCGAACGGGCGAUGAGAGCCAAGGUUGAGAAGCAGAGAGCCGAGUAUGCCCGUGACUUGGAGGAACUCAGUGACAGACUGGAAGAAGCUGGCGGGGCUACAGUGUCUCAGAUUGAGAUGAACAAGAAGCGGGAAACAGAACUGCUGAAGCUGCGACGGGAGCUGGAAGAGUCGGCGCUGCAGGCUGAGGCCACCGCCGCGGCGCUCAGGAAGAAGCAAACCGACUCCUUGGCUGAGCUGACGGAACACAUCGAGAACCUGCAGAGGGUCAAGGGCAAACUGGAGAAGGACAAGCAGGUCAUGAAAUCCGAGAUCGAUGAUCUCAGCGGCAACACGGAGGCCCUGCAGAAAGCCAAGCUUGGUGCAGACAUGCAUGUUCGAAAGCUGGAAGACAACUUAACAGAGGCCAUUGCCAAGUAUUCUGAAAUGGAAAGAAACAUGAGUGAAGUUAAUACGGUGAAGACCAGGUUAUCAGCGGAGAACAGCGAGUUGAGUCGUGAACAUGCGGAAGCCCAGAGUAAACUGAACCAGCUGAUCAGGACCAAAGUUACCCUCAGUACACACGUUGAAGACCUCAAGAGGCAACUAGAAGAAGAGUCACGGUCCAGAAGCGGAGCAGUGGUGGGUCUAGCCAACGCCAAGCAUGACAUGGACCUGACAAAGGAACAACUGGAGGAAGAGCAAGCGAGCAAAGCUGAACUGCAGCGACUGGUCUCCAAACUAAACAGCGAAGUGACUACAUGGAGGACCAAGUAUGAGACCGAUGCCAUUCAGAAGACAGAGGAACUGGAAGAGACAAAGAGGAAGCUGGCCGCUCGGUUGCAGGAGGCUGAAGAAGCUGCUGAGGCUGCACAAGCCCGGGCAGCCAGCCUGGAGAAGUCCAAGCAGAGACUCACUGGAGAGGUGGAAGACUUAUCCAUUGAGCUGGAAAAGUCAAACGCUGCUGCAGCUAUUCUGGACAAGAAGCAACGAUCCUUUGACAAAAUGCUUUCAGAAUGGCAGCAGAAAUAUGAAGAAAUACAGGUUGAACUGGACAGCUCGCAGAAGGAGUGCCGGAGCUACGUGACGGAAGUCUUCAAACUGAAGACAAGCUAUGAGGAGAUUAUUGAGCACCUCGAGGUUGUGAAGAAAGACAAUAAAAAUCUUCAAGAUGAGAUUAAGGAGCUGGUCGAUCAGCUGUCAGAAGGUGGGAAGAGUGUGCACGAGCUGAUGAAAUUAAGGAAGAAGCUGGAAAUUGAAAAGGAUGAACUGCAACUGGCUCUGGAAGAGGCUGAAAGUUUGCUGGAGACAGAGGAGGCUAAGUUGGUUCGGGUUCAACUGGAACUGGCACAGGUGAAGGCGGAUAUCGAGAGGAGAAUCCAUGAAAAGGAAGAGGAAUUCGAAAUCACCAGAAAGAACCACCAGCGUGCCAUUGAAUCGCUGCAGGCCAGCUUAGAUGUUGAAUCGAAGGGCCGUGCUGAGGCUCUCAGGCUGAAGAAGAAGAUGGAGUCCGACGUGAACGAGAUGGAGAUCCAGCUGGAGCAUGCAAACAAGAACAACGCAGAGCUGGUCAAGACCCUAAAGAGACUCCAGCAGCAACUCAAGGAAACACAGGCUCAAAUGGACGAGGACACCCGACGACACGAGGAACUGCGCGAACAGUUCAACCUGUCGGAGCGGCGCAUCAGCCUCCUGCAGACGGAGCUGGAGGAGCACCGCCACACGCUGGAAUCUAGUGAGCGAUCCCGCAAACUCACCGAGCAGGAGCUGGUGGAAGUGAGCGAGCGGUACAAUGAGCUCAACGUGCAGAAUAGCACCUUGCUGGUGUACAAGAGGAAACUAGAAGGGGAUCUUCAGUCACUCACCAAUGAACAUGAAGAACUGAUUCACGUGUUCCGAUCUGCUGAUGAGAAAGCCAAGAAGGCCAUGAGUGACGCCACCCGCAUGGGCGAGGAACUGCGGCAAGAACAGGAGCACUGCAUGCACCUGGAGAAGAUCAAGAAGAACUUUGAGAUCACCAUCAAGGAUUUGCAGGGAAAACUGGAGGAAUCUGAGCAAAUGGCCCUGAAGGGUGGACGACGUAUGAUCCAGAAACUGGAGACAAAGAUCAAGGAGCUGGAGUCUGAGCUGGACAUAGAGCAGAAACGCCAUGUGGAGACAGUGAAAAAUCUGCGUAAGAAUGAGCGCCGGCUGAAGGAGCUGAUCUUCCAAACCGAUGAAGAUCACAAGACGAACCAACGCAUGCAGGAACUGGUGGAGAAACUGCAGGUCAAACUGAAGAGCUACAAAAGGCAGAUUGAAGAGUCUGAGGAACAGGCUAACCAAAGCCUGGCCAAAUACAGGAAGACUGUGCACGAGUUGGACGAUGCCGAGGAGAGAGCAGGAAUGGCAGAGUGUGUCCUGAACAAACUCCGCACCAGGAACCGCGUGUCCGCCAGCAAAAGUUUCAGCACCGUCGAGGUCAUCCAGGUGUCCUCCAAAUCCACUCCCGAGGAGUAGGAAGGGCCUUGCCCCGUCUCGCCCAGUGGCCCCAACUUCAGUCACUGAGCAAAACCAUGUGUAAAAGGCACAUUAAAGUUUGUCCGUGUUGAACAUUUCA